AUGUGCCGUCGUGAAUGGACUGUCCCGAUGCUACUCGAAUUGUCAGGUGAUGACGGCCGAUGGGGUUAUGCGAAGGUCCGUACGGAGACCAAGUAUUUUGAGACUUCCCUAGGCCGUACCUACACAGGAGCUCAAGCGGUGCAGUGCGACAAGAUCUACCUCCAGCUGCGUACUCGCUCGGAUCCUUACACUUUCCUUAGAACAGAUGUAAUUGUGCAGACGCUCCUGCACGAGCUCGCGCACAUCUCGACGCGGGGUGGCCAUGGCAUGGACUUCUAUUGGCGUAACAUGAAGCUGCUGAAAGAGCUCGAACGGGACGUAAAGGAAGACUUGGUGAAGGUGGGAGCUUGGUCGAUUCCGAAGCGAGUGGCCUUUCCAAAUGAAGUGAAAGGCCUCAAUCGGGCGUUUGUAGCACUAGUGUCGAACUCGAUCUUCAUGGGCGACAAGCGACAACCGAAGCCCUUUGAUAACUUCGGGGUUGCUGGAGGACAGACUGGGCGAGGUACCAAACUUUUCCUUAACAAGAAUGUCGACGUGAACGACAACCAGAUUUUCCAGCCUGUAUAG